AUGACGUCAUCGAAGCAGACGCUCGUGCUAAGAAGGAAUGUAAAUACAAUCUGUUUUGCCAAAUUUGUAAUGACAAGUGGAACUUCUAGACGAAAAUGCCUGAAAGCCAGAUUUUUGUCUUGUAAAAAAAAGGAAAAGAAUCUAAGGAUGCCAUCUGGAAGGGAGAUGAAACUAUGGUGGGCUGGAGAAGCUGAGAGUAUGUUUGUCUACUAUCUUACAGGAGCAUUAGGAAUUGCUUUAAUUGCAAGCUUUUCACUCACAAGAUCACUGAGAAGAAAAGAGCCACUAGUGACGGAGUUGCUUCAUGAAGACAAUACUAGGGAGGAUCUUGUGACCUACAUGCUGAAACUUGUAACUUCACCAUUACCAGGUUGUGGCUGUCCACUGUCUGUGAAAGUGUUCAUGCAGUUGGAAGGAGAAAGUAAGAUGUCACAGUACUUCCAACUAAGAUCUAAUACUGGAGGCAAAGCCAUGUUACGAAGAGGUUUUACUGAUAUCUUCUUGUUCAAAGUGCCAGAAUCAAUUGGUGAAGUCAGAUCUGUGAGACUUUUGGUUGCAGGACUGACUGGUCAUUUGGAAUGGAAAUUGGAAGAAGCUCAGUUGUAUAGUCCCGCUGCAAGAGACAGAGUAAAUAUCCCUGUAACAGCAACAAUUCUGGAAGUUCUUGAUGACAGUGCGACAAAAAGUUUGCUAGUUCAAAACAGCUACAGUAGAAAGUUAAAAAAGAUACAGCUACUUUACCAUCAGUGGCUGGCAAUGUAUGGUAACGCCAUACGUCUUGGAGCCUUCGCGGAGGUUGUUCAUGUCAUGAGUGUUUUCAUGUCUCUCUUCACUUUACUUGUACUGUCACAGAUGUGCUACAUAUUUCUUCCGCGGGGUGAUCAUACACUUCCUACAAAAGCUACUCCGAAAACAGCUGAUAAUGAAGAUGAGGUUGAUGAUUCUGGUCCUUUUGAUAUAAAUUUCAUGUCCUUAUUUAUUGGAACGGCUUUUACCACAGUUUGCUGUUGUAUAUUGGAUCUUGGGCUAGAGAUUCUCAUACGAAGUGUGAAGUCUAGGGAAAAAAGGCCUGGAAAAGCAUACUUUGCCACUUGUGGCAGUGAGGUCAAAGAUUUUUCUGGGAAAAAUAAACUCUAUUCAAGUGAUGUUGAACAUACUACAUUUUUUGCUUGUCCAUUGUUUCUUAAACAAAUUAAAAUGAAACAGAAUGUAGUUAAAGAUGAGACAGUAAGAAAAAAUGUAAAACAUACAAAAGAAAUAAAACAUGAGGUAGCAUUUUAUCUAAAGCAGCUGGUACACUUCCUGCAAGUAGAACAUAGAAAGUAUAUGAAGAAACAAGAGGACAUGAAGAAAAGAAAGGCUCAGGAAGCCUUAGAAGAGAAAACAAAUUUGGAGAAAGAAAAGUCUGAAAAGUAUCAAGAAAAACAUGAGAAUGAGGAUAGCUUGAAAGAAUUUGAAACAGAAGAAGAAGAGACAGAUUAUAUUUCAAUAGAUUUGCCAAAAUUUAGUCAAAUGAGCUUGACAAAGCUAUUUUUUUCGGAGUCAUUUUAUAGUGAAAAAUCUGAGGGCUCUAGGUCAUCAAAAAGUGAAGAAUUUUGGGGAUCUGUCACGUCUCAAAGGCAAAAACCACAAGAAACAUACUUAGAUAUUUUGAAGAGGAAAGUGUUUUCUCGUAAUUCUGGACGUAAAAUUCCAACAAACAAUAGUGUUGAGCGAAAUAAUAAUGCAGUGAGGAGAAGCAAAGUGUUAAAUGAUGGGAGACAUGAAAUUGCAAACAGUGAUGAAUUAGAAUCUAAUGGAGUAAGAGGUGGAACACAUUUGUCACAGACUACUGAAAGGUAUGAUAGAAUUGAUCAUUCUUCUGCCAAAGAGUCUGAGGACAAGGCUGAAAUAUUUGAUAGAAAUUUAAAUGCUACUGUUGAAAAGCUUGAAACAUUAGAUAGAAAAGUUAAUGCUUCUAUCAAAGAACUUAAAGAUACCACUGCAAGAUCUGAUAGAAACAUUUAUGUUAAUGAGAAGUGUGAAGAAAGAAGAUCUGAUGAUUGUUUAAUACAGAUUGCCAAAGGUGGUCCUGCUGAUACAGAGACAGAUGUUUCAGUUCACAUAGAAGGAAAAUUGUCAGAAGUAAGGCACAGCAAAGACCGUAAUAGGACUUAUACAAUUGAAAAAGGUUUCAUCAAAACGUGGCAGUCAAAUCAGAAGACAUGGUGUAGAAGAGUGAUAAAAGAACUGUGUGAUGUGAUAAGAUACACAAGAGAGAUGUUGUUAAAAGAUCAAAUCGACUUUUAUCUAUUAAAGGAAAAAUUGCUGAACAUCUCACAUACUGUCUUCCAGCUGUUGAUGGUGGCUUGCUCAGUAAAUUGCACUGGGGAUCAGUAUGACUUACUAAAUAUGACGGAGAUGUUAUCACUGUUGUGGCACAUGUCAAUGGAGAUUCUAGUCUACACACUGCACGAAAUAUUCCACGUCUUACAGCAGAGUGAUAAUGCUGUCCUUGCAGAUCUUGUCUUACAGUCAAACUCCGUCAUGGUUGUAGUGCGUCAUGCAGUAUAUCCUAUAAUGUACAUAGUUCAGCAUGGUGCCGACAAGAUCUUCCUCAUGAGUCAUAUUCCAUUAGACAAAGAUAUGGAGUGUAUGGUUGUGGAACUUCUCAAGUGCUGCUUUGAACUUGUUGUCAAGUACAAUUUAGUUCUUUGGAAGAAAUUACAGUUUUUAGUAAAUAUGGAAUUAAAGGACUGCCUGGAUGAGGCAUACUUUGUUCAACUGAAUGAAUUUGUUGAUGGGAACAUUCAUGAUCAGUCUACUGAAAACACUAUCCUGAAAAAAUUGUGUAAUUUUGUUGAGGAAAGUUCCAGACAAGAAGCAUGGGACGAAGUGCAUGAAGAAAAGAAAUUUUUCACUACUGUUUUAGUUAAAGUUCAGCUACUUAAUGUUCUGAAGAAUAAAAUCACAAAAAUAACCAAAAAGAAGAAAGAGUUUGAUGAAACCCACGACCUUCUGCCAAAAGAACCAAAAUCAAGACUUGAGUUAUUAGUGGAAAGAAGAAGAAAGAAACCAGAUGUUGAUCAAAAACAUGUUAAGUGGAGUAAAGAUGCACAAAGAGCUGAUGACACAGCAGAAAGUAAAGAAAAGCUGAAAGAACAUUCAGCAGAGCUUGGAUAUUUUGUGGACAAUCUGACAGCAGUAUAUGAGAAAUUGAAAAGAAUGAUGGAGAGAGAAGGACUUUCUCCGUCAAUGAAAGCAUCAGAGUUUCUGGCUCAAGCAGUGUUGCAUACACAUGUUAUUGUUACACAGGGUGAAGUGGAUGUGCCAGGAAAGUACAAGUUUGACAAUUAUCUUCACCUCAAGAGAACAGAGAUGUUACUAGCCCAGCAUUACGAGGAAACAGUAAAAGAUCUAGUGGGGUAUCUAUUGGGAACUGCUAUAAGAGAACAUAACCUAAAAUGUGAUCAGCAUGCCAGUUCUUAUACAGUCUUGAAUGACAUCAUUAUAAAGAUGGAUACAUUGGCCGAGUUACUUACCAAUGAAGUUGACAGCGUAAUGACACUGUGUAUCAAGAUGGAAAGAUAUAUGCUAGGUCAUACAAAAAAUGCACAAGUGGAGACAGUGGUUAAAACAUCUGUUGACAGUAUAUUACAGACACCUGUCCUGAAAAAGUGGAGUGGCCUUGACUUGACAAAUUGUACGCAAUCAGAAAUAUCAGAGUUGGGUAAGAUGCUGGAUGAGAAGCAUUCGGAAAUGAGUGAACUGUUACUGUACUACAAAAACAACAGCUGUCCUAAUCAGAACAAUAGUAACCCUGGUAUUGUAGAUGUUGAUGAUAUAGACAUAGAGAUGGACACAAAGAAUGUCACACUGGCAGACAUCAUAGAAGACCUUAAGCCAUUAAAAGGGUAUCUGGAAUAUCUGAAACAUGGAGAACUUAUGCGGAAUAUGGUGACACAGAUGGGGUAUAUUGAGAGGGCAAAGACAAAACGAGAAUAUUUUAGUUCUAUACAGAUUAGCAACAUUAUAGAUUCAUACUUCAUGAUCGAUGAAGGUGAUGACAGCAAAACUUUAACUAAGGCAGGACUUUAUCAGCUGGAACAUGAUUGUACUGGUGAGGAUCGCAAACCACUAGGAUCAUGGGUGAAAACUGUCGCUGUCAUGUUUAUGCUGUUGUUACAAAUAUUUAUUGUUGUGUAUAUCACUAUGAUCGGAGGCCAGUUUUCGACCACUGAGUUACAAGAGUGGAUGUGUUACUAUCUGCUUGCAGUAGCAGUGUUUGGGUUUGUUUUAGAACCUUUUCGAGCAUGUAUUGUGGCAUUUUACAUGAGAAAGUUGCAACAAAAAAUGUGGCCAAAAGCAGACAGAUCCAGAGCUAUUGAGAUUUGAUAGAACAUGCUGUUUGAAUAAGGAUAGCCUGCACUGUUUGAGCAUAAGAACUGAUCAUUUAGAAACUACUAGCGGUAUUACUGUAAUGGUUAUCUGGUUUCAGUCUAUUUUUCAUGUAAGAUAGAAUGUACAUGAACAGUGAAAACAGCUGUAUUAUGUCAUCUGCUGAGAAUAUUUUAGCACAUUGAUGCUUCAAAACUGAUCAAAAGUGUAUAAGUAUGGAGUUUAAAUGCGGUCGUAGUCUCCAGGAGGAAAUUGAUACAGUUUGAAUAGUAUGCAAACUCUGCAUUUUAUAGAUACAGUCCGGUUUUAACACGACAACUGGAACUUUAUUUGAGAAAAAAACUAAUAUAAAAAAAAGUUUGAAAUGACAAAAAAUUAAGGCAAUCCUGCUUAAUGAUGUAUUUAGUGGUUGCUGAAACAGCAUUUGAUUUUUAAAAAUAAUGUGAUAUAUUGUAAUUAUGUUAGAUUUUUUUCUGUUUUACAGCAUCAUCACUAUUAUAGAUAAAAUGGAAAAUCCACACAAUAUUAUUUCAACAGAGUACAAAAAUGAAAAAAAAAAUAAAGAUUAAAAAAGGUAGAUUAGA